AUGGGCAUUGGCGCCGGGUUUCACAUGGUCCCAGCACUGGGAAACCAUGCCAAGAAGCACGAGAGAUGGCUGCUCUUCAUCUCGGCCGUCAAGAAGACCUACGAAGAGAACGACCGGGUCCGGAUUGAAGCCAAGUCAUCCACUUUCACGCGGGCGAGCACCCAUUGCUUCCGUUCCAGGACCACAAGUCGGUCCAUCGCUCGACAGCAUUUUGACGCUCAGAUCGUAUGGUGGGAUGAGUCUUCCGACCAGUACGGCCUUUAUGACUGGCGGGAGGUUCAUGAGUCGAUCAAGACAUAUGACGAUGUAAACAUAAACAGGCCAAGAUGCGAGCAGUCUCCAUGA